GGCGGACUGAAACAGGGAAGAAGACUGUUUGAACCUAAGUAGUGUAGGAUACUUUCACUUAACACAAUGUCGGAAAUAAAGCUUAUUACGUGGCCGCAGGUAGUUCUGUUCGGAGACUCGAUCACUCAGUUUGCUUUCCAAGUGAAGGGGUGGGGCUCUGAGUUAGCACACAAGCUCGCGAGAAAGUGUGAUGUGGUGAACAGAGGAUUGUCUGGAUACAACACUCGAUGGGCUAAACUGGUUCUUCCACGGAUCGUCCCAAAUCACGGUGCUUCUCAUCCUCCUAUCGCAGCAGUGAUGGUGUUUUUCGGUGCCAACGACUCUUCUCUGGAAGAUAAGAACCCACAGCAGCAUGUUUCCUGUGAUGAAUACUCAAAGAAUCUGAAGGACAUAUCUAAAUAUCUGGCCUCAGCUGGCGUGCCCAACGACAAGAUCAUAUUUAUCACUCCUCCACCUAUUCAAGAGGCGCUCUGGGAAAAAGAGUGCCAACUGAAAGGAUGCUCUCUGAAUCGUCUGAACUCGGUGACCGGUCAGUACGCUCAGGUGUGUGUCCAGACAGCACGACAGUGCGGAGUGGACGUGAUUGACCUCUGGUCCCUCAUGCAGAAAGAUGGAGAGGACUUCUCAGCGUAUCUGUCGGACGGCUUGCACCUCUCCGAGAAGGGAAACCAGUUCGUAGCCGAGCACGUGUGGAGACUUUUGGAGAGCAAAGUUUCUGAUUUACCCUUCAUCCUGCCUUACUGGGCUGAUGUAGACUGUAAGAACCCUGAAAACAGCCUGCUGUGUGAAUAGAGUCAGCAAACACACCGGACAUAUAAGAUUAACCGCAACUGUUUCUUACGGGGUUUUUUUUUUCUGGUCGAUUUAAAAUGAGGAUUUGGGGUUUAAGGCAGGGAUGAGAGAAAAGAAAACCAGGUGCUUUAUCACUGACUGGAGCUCUGGGGCAAUGCGGAUGAAGGCGGACUGAGAUAACAUUGUGUUCACAUCAUGUUGAAAUUACAAGAUAGCAGGUUCUAGCAGUUUUUUUUUUUUUACAUCCUCCUGGACAAUACUAGACAAUGAAUGAUUUUGUAAUUCUAACAGCUUAAAAUGUGGAAGUAAGAAGCAUGUACUGUAAUAACUAAGUGUAAUUCCAAUAUUAUGUAAAUAUACAUUAUAUCUUAAAAGUCUCUAUACAUGGAGAAAAUGAACACCCA